AUUUUCGACUUUCUAAAAAUAUGUGCGGCCCGCCAAUGACUUAGAACCCUUAAUUUAGGCCCGCGAGCGACUAAAGGUUGCCGACCCCUGCUGUCCACUCCACAGCGUGGAAAGUUGUCAAUAAAUUCUCUUUUUUAGUUGGAGGAAAAACUCAAAACGGCGAUGCCAGAAUUGCAGAAUAAACCAUACUACGAAGACGCUAUCAAAAAUAUCAAAGAACACGAAGACAAUUACAAUGAUGAUAAUUAUAUUGCAGUCAAUAUUGAUGAUUGGGUGCCUGUUAGCAGUGCCAAGGUUGUGAAGCCGGAGCCGCGGCCUGCAACCACGGAAUCGGGGCCUGGAACCACGGAGCCGGGACCUGGAACCACGGAAUCGGGGCCUGGAACCACGGAGCCGGGACCUGGAACCACGAAGUCGGGGCCUGCAACCACGGAAUCGGGGCCUGGAACCACGGAGCCGGGACCUGGAACCACGAAGUCGGGGCCUGCAACCACGGAAUCGGGGCCUGGAACCACGGAGCCGGGGCCUGGAACCACGGAAUCGGGGCCUGGAACCACGGAGCCGGGACCUGGAACCACGAAGUCGGGGCCUGCAACCACGGAAUCGGGGCCUGGAACCACGGAGCCGGGACCUGGAAACACGGAAUCGGGCCUGGAACCACGGAACCGGGACCUGGAACCACGGAAUCGGGGCCUGGAACCACCGAGCCGUGACAUUUCGAUGCAGCUGCAGUCGGAGCUGGAGCCAAGCUUGAGCCGGCGCUAG